GGUUGGAGCGAGAGGGCAGAAGCAGAGGGUACUUGGGCCUCGGCCGGAGAGACGGGAAAUCGUGUUCGCGACGUGUCGCAAAACGAGUUACAAAACGACGACUGAUGGCAGGCCGGCUAGUUAGUUUACUGUUCUUCGUUCUUCUGAUAUAUCUGGCACGAUUGCUGCAACGUAAUCGCGAGGCGCUGAAGGCCGCGUCGUAAAUUGGCCGCGGAGUUCCGACCAAAUUCUUCGCUUCUUGGACACCCGUGAUCUUGGAUAGUCAGAGCGACCAAGAUGAUGAAGAUGAAGCAACAGGGCCUUGUGGCCGAUCUCAUGCCCAACAUAAGGAUCAUGAAGAUCUUCGGGCAUUUCGUAUUCAACUAUUACGACGACAAUUCGUCGAAGUACUUGCAUAAAGUGUUCUGCUGCGUGAACCUAUUCUUGCUGCUAUUGCAAUUCGGUCUGUGCGCGGUGAAUCUGAUGUUCGAGGCCGGCGACGUCGACGAUCUCACGGCCAACACGAUCACCCUCCUCUUCUUCACGCAUAGCAUCGUCAAGCUCAUUUACUUCGCCAUCAGGAGCAAGUACUUUUACAGAACGUGGGCGAUAUGGAACAAUCCGAAUUCCCAUCCGCUCUUCGCCGAGAGCAAUGCGAGAUACCACGCGAUCGCCCUGAAGAAGAUGAGGCUGCUGCUCUUCUUGGUCGGCGGCACCACCAUUCUCGCCGCGGUCGCUUGGACCACUCUGACCUUCUUCGAGCACCCGAUUAGAAAAUCCGUGGAUCCAAUCACGAACGAGACGACAAUUACUGAGUUACCGCAAUUGUUGGUCCGUUCAUACUAUCCGUUCGAUGCCAGCAAGGGAGUAACGCAUAUACUAAUACUCGUGUAUCAAUUAUAUUGGGUGAUCUUCAUGCUUAUUAAUGCCAAUUCGUUGGAUGUUCUCUUCUGCUCGUGGCUAUUGUUCGCCUGCGAACAGUUGCAGCACCUGAAACAGAUUAUGAAACCCCUCAUGGAAUUGAGCGCGACUUUGGACACAGUGGUUCCGAACAGCAGUGAACUCUUCAAGGCCGGUAGCGGGGAUCACCUUCGUGAAUCGAACGAGAACAAUCAGCCACCACCACCGGCGGCCAACCAAGGCGACAACAUGCUGGACCUCGAUCUUCGUAACAUAUACAGCAAUCGGCAGGAUUUCACGGCGACCUUCCGGCCGACCGCUGGCAUGAACUUCAACGGUGGCGUGGGACCGAACGGAUUGACGAAGAAGCAAGAGAUGCUCGUCAGGAGUGCCAUCAAGUACUGGGUGGAGAGACACAAGCAUAUCGUCAGAUUGGUCACCGCGGUCGGCGAUGCGUACGGUUUCGCGCUUCUGCUCCACAUGUUGACGACGACCAUCACGUUAACGCUGCUCGCCUACCAGGCGACGAAGGUGAACGGUAUAAAUGUAUACGCGGCCUCCACGAUCGGCUACGUCCUCUACACGUUUGGCCAAGUCUUUUUGUUCUGCAUAUUCGGAAAUCGCCUGAUUGAAGAGAGCACCUCGGUGAUGGAGGCGGCUUACUCUUGCCACUGGUACGAUGGAUCGGAGGAAGCUAAGACAUUCGUGCAGAUCGUGUGUCAGCAGUGUCAGAAAGCUAUGUCAAUAUCGGGGGCGAAGUUCUUCACGGUGUCCUUAGAUCUCUUCGCUUCGGUACUGGGAGCCGUGGUGACUUACUUCAUGGUGUUGGUGCAACUGAAGUGAACGUUCGGCUCCAGAUACGAAUGCGUUGUCUCUCGCGUUGCACACGGCUGUGCGAGAUUAUAUUUUUUAACGUAUUUACAAGGGACCAAAUGGAGCAUUCGUGUCGUGAAGAUUCGCGCGGGAAGAAUCUCGCGUUUCUACUGGCGCGUAGCAAAAAGUAUUGAGAAACACGGAUUGAACAAUCAGCUGGGAGGCUACAUGUCGCAAUAUCGAGUUUAAGCGAGAACGAUAUGAAAAUGAUAGAAAUUAUUUUUACUGUUACUUAAGAGAUCGAUAAGCGAUAAGGCAGUCUGCAAUUUUCUGCUUAAAUGCAAUCCUUUCCUUUUUUGUUAUUAUUAUUAUUAUUAUUGUUAUCCAGAUUAACGAGCGUUCAAAAGGAGCACUUUCCUUCGUUAAAAUGUAAAUUUUAGUGCAUAGCUCUCUGUAUAAUUUUUCUCUCCACUUUAUUGUGCAUAUAGCGACAAGUAAGAGAUAACGGCAAUGAAAACACACUCGUCGCAAUUCAUUUUCAUGCACGUUAAUUAUAAGUCGUACUGCUUAAACGGGGAAGAUAUACGCUAAUGAGAAUCGAGGUGUACUUUGCGGCGGGCUUGUACUACUAUUGUCGUACAAUCGAUAAUGGAACCGUACAUUAACGAACGGACGCGGGAGAGGGUUUGUUUCGAGCGUCGUCCAGCAAUCGCGUUGUUAUACUCUCGGACAGCCUAUAUAUUUUAAAAAUCACAUGUAGCGGGAAGGGAUUAAACGCGGCGCGUGUACAUUUGACGAAGCGUCCGAAUAACGUGUAAAUAUAAGAUAUAAUAUAAUCGUAUCUUACAAUGAUAUUAUACAUAUUUUUUUUUUUUUAGUGGACGCCGAAUCGUAACGUUAAAUUUUCGUAGGUGGCACGCUUUGUCGUUGUACGCAAAUAGGCAAUAGUUUACAAAGUAAUCACUGAUGCACGCCAAUUUUUUUUAUUCCUUACGUUCCUUACGUUCUAUUAAGUGUCAGAUUGUGGACAUUGCCAUUUAGAUAUCAUUUUAAUUUCACGGAACUCGCAAACUUUAAAUGAAUUUCCUUCUUCUUUUUCCCCUUCUUUUCUCUCUUUCUCUCUCUCUCCCUCUCUCUCUCCCUCCCUCUCCCUCUCUCUC